CCGUCGGGCCAGGUUGCCACUGGCACUAUAAGUCUUUUUUUUCUUUUACAGUGGUCGGACUGAGUGGAUCGUAUCAUAAUUUUUUCUGAUCCCCUAUAACAUUUGUUACAUUAGGCUAAAACAGAAACAUGGCUGACACAAAAGUCGACAAGAAGGAGAUCUCUGCCAAGGUAAGUGGAGGGCAACUUGUGACCUGAGUGAUGGAUAAAUUACAAUUUCUACACUUUAUUUAAUUCAAAUCUAUUCCGGACUAAAUAUUUUGAAUGGAGAACAACUAGGAAACUGGAAUAAGUGUUUAUCCGAGGUUCGUCAAAUCUAACUGGUUUUGGAUGAGGCUUCUGUUGCAAUUUACAUUUUAGUAAUUUAGCAGACGCUCUUAUCCAGAGCGACUUACAGUUAGUGAGUGGAUUUUUUUUAUUCUCAUACUGACCCCCCGUGGGAAUCGAACCCACAACCCUGGCGUUGCAAGCGCCAUGCUCUACCAACGAGCUACACGGGAAUGAAAACACUUUUAUUGGAGACCUAUGAUAUUAGAUAAAAAUGUAGCCUAACAAUGAGUACCCCGAAGUUGCACUCACUAGUCUACUGAAACAUUCACAGCAAACAGCGAUGCUUUUAUUGCCCCGAGUACAACAGUCUGCGCGCGGUUCUUUGUUUAUACUACCGUGUCCGUUCAGUUGAGCACCGAUUUGAAGCUCUUUUGAAUAACUCAAUCACACACACACAUACACACACUUCUGCUUUAUCGUGUUGUUGAAUUCGCGUUGUAUGCUUCUCAUUUCAUAGGCUACAUUGCAUUUGCUGGUCGAGGCUGCUAUUGAUUGAUCCAUUCGCCAAAUUCGUACCGCGCACCGGUCUGUCAUAACUUGCUACUUGAAUAGAUCCCAUUGUUUUUGGAGGCUGUUUUCAUUGAGUAUAUGAUAUUGAUUUGGAAGUUUAUGGGGAAUGGCUCGGACAUAAAAGCCUCGCGCCUCUUAGAAUGCAGAAUGUGGUGAAAGGGAUUUAAAUUGCGCGUAAAGGAUUAAUAACGUAACCAACAUGAAAAUUAUACCCAACCUGAGUACGAGAUGAGUCAACUACGGGAGUGAUAAUUUUUGCAUAACUGUAAAUGGAGUGGGGAUAGCGGCUCCUGUCUUCUAGCUUUGUGUUUAUGAUCAGUGGUUCUCGAUUGUAUUGACACGGAUAACCCCGCGGUGUGUUCACUUCGUUCCACCAGGCUUGUAUUUGUCUGCGCGCAAUGUGACGGAGCCUAAACCGGAGCUCCGGAGUCUCCCGUUUAACAGCAUCAGUUGGCUUGUAAACGAAAUUAUGUGCCUGUGUGUGAUUUGGAACAGCUUCUGUCCAUUAGUUAUUUGUUUGGAUACUGUCUUAGAUUUGGACAUUCUUUGUAUGAAAAAAGCGCGGACAGACAGUGAUUUCCUUUGCUCAUCUUUUGAGAGAAAAAUAAAUGUUGACUUGGUUCCAGCGGUAUCUUGUGAUAAAUGGAACUAGGUGUGUGUAUAUGCGGGCUUUGGCGGCGCGUAAUGCGGAUAUGAACACUCAGUUAGGACGUGUGUGAGCGAAAAGUUUAACUGUUGAAGUGUUCGUUUCUCUUCUCUCUCUCUCCCCCUCCACUCUCCCCUUCUCUCUUCUCCUCUCGCUCUCUCGGCGACCGCGUACUCUCCGAAUCCACUGGAUCAGAAUGCACUCAGGGCGUUUGCCUAGGACUCCCCGGAAGUGAGCUCCUCACAGGGUGCUAUUUCCGUCAACUGUUGGUCUUUACAAUCACGAGUCUCGGGGGUGCGAGCCUUAGAAGGGCUCACGUCUUUUCCUCGUUCCUCGUUUGGGGAACUCCUCCUUUCUUCGGGGACCCCACCUAGGUUGGAAAAGGGCCGGCCUCGGACUUUAAGGUCCCUCGGCCCAUUUUUGCCCGGUUCCAAGGGUAAGCGGUUUGGGAAAGGUUGUUUUUAAUUUUUCCCCCGGCAGGGUUCGGGGGGGAAAAGCUCAAUUCGAAAAGGUUUCCCAAAAGGGCUUAAAUUUCAUUUUUCCUCCCCUCUGUUUUCCCUCCUAUCUUAAAAUCUCCUCUUCUUACUCCCUCCCCGUUUUCUUUUUCUCCCUCCCUCGGGGUCCUCUGGCCCCCCGGCGUAACCUAUUCAGAGAGAGAUAAAGAGGGGGGUUCGAGCGUUUCAGAAAAAACCAGCUUAAAUUUAAAGGAACGUUUUUAUUAAACAUUGCAAACGCUGCUAAGACCGACCUCUGAAAAAUUUUCCCGUGCCCCGGGGAAUUUUGGUUUUCCCCGGCUUACUUAUCUUUUAUCCCUUGCCAUAAGCUCACCAUACGCUGUUCAAACGACCCCAGGUGAUUAAAAAAAUCGAGUAUGUUGAUGUCUGUCUGUUAGCCUAUAGGAUGAAAACUAUACUUAGUUUCCCUCGCUGUGCGUUGUUGCCUGUAGGUAUAUAAUACAAUAUUGGUACGUAAAGGUGAUGUUGAAAGGAGGCGGGUACAGGGGAGAUGUAACUGCUAACCGGCUUAUGGGCUCAGCAUUACUCAAACUAAUUCAUCAAUAGACUUCCUCAUAGGAAGAGGUUAAAACGAAUGAGACUAAGAAAAUCUAUAUUUUAUUUAUUGGGCACUAAAAAAGGCUUUUGAAAAAAAAAAAAAGUGCCUUUGUCCUUCAAGUGAAUAGGCCUAAACAUAGCCUGAUCUUAUCAUAAAGACCCUUGAUACAACACCAUCACCCAAUCAGAAUGGUUUUGAUUGAUUAGGAACCUUAUUGUCUUCAUUUGCAGAAUGGAAAGUCGAUGAAUCGCAUAUCCCUUCUAGGCGCUAUUGUCUUAUUGUCUCCUUUCCCUGGAGUUAAUUUAGUCAGCCUCCUUUUGGUAGCGUUCGUUUAGAGGCUCUUAUUGGCUGAAUGACCUACAAGGGUGCAAUGGGAACUGUAGUCUUUUUCCGGGCGUGUCUUCAUAGAGCUCCAUUAUAUGAGUCCUUGACUGAACUACAAUGCUCGUUGCUCUCAACUCCAUCAUGGUGUCAGGUUGCAACACUUCUAUUAGAGCUCCAAAAGUAGGCGGGAAGUAGAGAAGAAAAGCAACCAAUAGAAUGUUUAGGAUCAAAGAGUCGCCUUUCAAAGGAAGAACGAAAGCAUGCGUUACAAGUUUAGGCGAGGGUGGAGGGAGGGAAGGCGUUAGGUGGGCGGGGGUGUGAAAACAUUUUUGUUCCCGCUCAUUUAGAAGUCUUCAAAACCGCAACGAACUCUAGAAAUAAAUCUGAAGGCAUAAAAUCUUGAUUGGAUGGACCUGUGAUAUAUAUUUGAUCCACCAUGUGCCCCACAACAUAUAAGUGAAACAUAUUCUCUCAUUUUCACUUUCCCCCAGGAUCUGAAAGAGAAGAAGCUUGUUGAGGAGGCAGAAAAUGGAAAAGAUGCCCCAGCCAAUGGGAAAAAAGCUGUAAGACUACACCUUUAACACUUUACCUUUAAUUGACCCAUUUCCCCAAUUUACCUUUAAGAUGGGCCCAACUCCUUUGGCCAUCAGUUACUGUCCACCUGUCUUCUUCAUUGUCCUUAUAAAAAAGUAUUUGUAGAAAUACAUCCAUGAGGACAACUCAUGUUUUCUUUCAUUUUUAUUACAAAAAAAAGAUAUUACCUGGUUAUUACCCUCACUCCUAAAUAAAUACAGUCUAUCAUUCAACAUGGAUUUUUCCCUGGAGACAAACAGAUUCUAUGUAUCUGAUGCAUUGUGUUGUUUUCCAGAAGGAGGCUGAGGAGAAUGGAGAUGUAGAGGAUGUAGACGAGGAAGAGGAUGUUGGAGAGGAGGAGGAUGAGGAAGAGGAUGUUGAGGGUAAGUGGUCUGGUCUUUCAACAACAUUAUGUAUGAUGAUAGAGUAUCCAUUUCAUGUUGACAUAUGCACCUAGUGGCAGUGCUGUCUAUUUGCAGCUAAAGUGCUAGUCUGAGGCAGAUCGCCCGGGGGAAUUGUUUUCUUGGAGCGCCCUCUAUCUAUUAGACGCUGUAACUCCAAGAAUCUAAACCUGUCUCCCUCUCUCUCUCUCUCUCUCUCUGAAGGCGACGAAGAUGAUGAUGACGAUGAGGUCGAGGGUCGCGCAGGCAAGAGGGCGGCGGAAGAUGAUGACGACGAUGAUGAGGAUGAUGAGGUAAUAUAACAACUUCAAUCUGUGACUUGAAUUUACACUUAUUGUGUUUGGUAUUUAAUAUUCAAAUCAAACUAAAAGGAUUUCUUCAAUGUUGUUUAAAUGGAAAUAACGAAUGUUAUCUUGGCUUUGUCUUUACAGGAUGAUGUUGGAACGAAGAAGCAGAAAACCGAUGAUGAUUAAGAGUUGUGUUUCAACCCGCUGGAAGCCCCUGUAACCUCUCUCCUCGACCACCAAGCGUUUUUGGAGGGAAACUGUGGUCAUCAUCAAGUAGAGUUCAACGUCCGUGUACACACACACCCAACUGCAAAUUUUUUAGAAAACCCAAGACUUCAAAGUUCUACCUUCUUAACAAGAUACUUUAAAAGGAGAAUUUGUUUGUAUUUUUAUUUACAUUUUAUAUUUUUGUACAUAUUGUUAGGAGGUCAGCCAUUUUUCGACAGUGAUCUCUGGUUACCAAACGGUGCUUUGGAGUUGAUGCUUCUCUAUGAAAUAGACUUUACUUGUGGUUUGACCAUGUCAUGUUAUCUCAACACAAACUUGUACAAAUUUCAGAAAACAAUUAAAUUUAAAGCAUUCCAGUAACUUUGUAUUUGUACUUUAGUUGUACCAUACGUAGUUGGUUUGUAUGAGAUGGCAAGGCCAAAGAAAAGAGGUUUCUUUUCUUUUAUGUCUGUUAAAUUGCUGUCUGUUGUAGCCUGUUCAAUGUAUGUGUGAAUUUGUUGUAAGACAAUAAACCAGAACUUUAGUUUGUGAGUUCACUUCUUCUGAUAAGUUUUUUUCUUUUUCUUCAGUUUUUGACCCGUCGUAG